UUGUGUUACAGGUGAUUGGUGUUCUGCCUCUGUUGCCCCUGACUUUCCCCCUGCUUUGGGAUCUUGUGUGCAUGUAUGGAGAGGCUUGGUUCUUUUACAGAUGCUCUCACAGCCAGCAGACUGGAAAUGUGGACGUUGAAAUGCAAGAAAUGUUACUCAGUGUUCUGGGGUCAAACAUCGACACUCUGCCACACUGCUAGUUUUCUACACAGCCUGGGAUCUGUAACUGUCCUGUGUUGUGUUGAUAAGCAAGGCAUUCUCUCAUGGCCCAGUCCGAACCCUGAAAAUAUUCUGUUCUUUAGCAAGUCCACCUCAUCACAAGAGACAGACAGACAGAGGCAAAAGGAAGUGAUGAAGAAGGUGAAGAGAUCACAGGGACAAAGUAAUGGAAGAGAUCCGUUCACACUGCAUUCUUCAGAUGUUAAGCUUGUUGGAGGGUCAGGCUCAGUACGAUGACACACGCUGGCAACGUCAUGGCCCCUCUCUUCAGCCUCUGGGAUUGGCUGUAUACAGUUGGUCCUCUGUGACCCUGGAAUCGCCACCCGCAUUCUCCGCCUCUCUGACCACCUGACCCAUGCCACACUGGUACACACUCGACCCCCAUGUCAGCCAGUCCGCCCACCCUGGGGCCUCUGCCAUCUACCAAGGAUUCUGGGUUGAGUCACCCCAUGAGUAGGUGUUUGCUGAGAAAAUGGGACUGGAGACAUGAUGGAACUGUCCCAUCUCCCUUCUACCAGAGAGCUUCCCUCUCGACCCAAAUAAUGUGGAGGAGCCGGUGACUG